AUUAGGAAAUCUGACCUUUAGUUCCAUGGAUGCGUCCUUAAUUCAGGGCAGGUUGUUUCCAUCUAUCAGAAGCUCCUCGCCUUCACCUGUCAGGGGGUUUGUGACCGCGUCUGUUGCUCACUUAUUCGUGAGGCGUUGGCAUAGUUUAGAUCUCUGGCGAAAUGUGUUCUUUUAAGAAACAUACCCUGUUUCUUCCUGGUGGAAUAUUACCAAAUAUUGAUGGAUAAAAUAAAGCAGACGUAAUUCAUCUCUAGAAAGAUUAUUUAUACCCUGGCAUUUGAAAUGUUUUGUAUUUAGAAUCAUAGUAAAAAUGGAAGGAGGGAAAGUAAGUGACAAUGGAAAACCAGACCCAGACAAUUCUGUGGACUUUUCUGAACACUUUAACCAACUUGAAUUGUUGGAAACACAUGGACACCUUAUUCCCACUGGUACCCAAAGUCUCUGGGUAGGGAAUUCUGAUGAAGAUGAGGAGCAAGAUGAAAAAACUGAAGAGUGGUAUCAAUUACAAGAAAAAAAGAUGGAAAAAGAUCCAAGCAAAUUGCUUCUUUGGGCUGCUGAAAAAAAUCGGCUUACUACAGUGCGGAGGCUACUGUCUGAAAAGGCUACUCAUGUGAACACUAGAGAUGAAGAUGAGUAUACCCCCCUUCAUCGAGCAGCCUACAGUGGACACUUAGAUGUGGUGCGUGAGCUGAUUGCACAAGGAGCAGAUGUCCACGCAGUGACAGUGGAUGGCUGGACACCCCUGCACAGUGCUUGUAAGUGGAAUAAUACCAGAGUAGCUUCUUUCUUGCUUCAGCACGAUGCAGAUAUUAACGCCCAAACAAAAGGCCUCUUGACCCCCUUACAUCUCGCUGCUGGGAACAGGGACAGCAAAGACACUCUGGAACUCCUCCUGAUGAACCGCUAUAUCAAACCGGGUCUGAAAAACAACCUGGAAGAAACUGCAUUUGAUAUUGCCAGGCGGACAAGCAUCUAUCACUACCUCUUUGAAAUCGUGGAAGGCUGCACAAAUUCCUCACCUCAGCCAUAACCAUAAGGGUUCUAGUAAUUUUCUUGUUUCCAAGUACCAGUGCCUCCUUUGUGUAAGAUAGGAAAUAUCCCCAUGAUACAAGGUUGCCAUCAAAAGUUUUACUGUAGAAAUUCACUAGUACAUAUUCUAAAGCCCUUCCAAGCGAAUCGCCUAACCUUGAUGUCAAAAUGUAUUUGAAAGUUGUUUGGAUAUAUCUUUACCUAUCUAUGUGGACUUUGUAAUUUUUAUCAGACAUAAUUUUAAUGCAAACACUUGUAACGGGUUGUAUAGAAAACUAAUGAUAUUUUUGGUGCUGAUCCAAGAGAAGUGUAUUUUUAAAUAUCCCCCAUCCUGGAUCUUUGUGGAGUAUUUAGUAUAUUGACAUGUAUUUUUAUAAGGUGAGGUAACUCAGAACUUAAUUUAAAAAUCUCAAGUAUAUUGGUGCAGUUCAGCUGUCUUCUCUACAUCACCAUAGCCAUUUGCUUUCAUUUCCAACCAUAAGAACUAACUUAUUAGUGACUUGAAUCAUCAGAAGUUUAAAAAAAAUUUUUUAAAAAAAGCUUAGAUCUUUGUCUUUUACAGCAUAGACCAUUUUCAGGAAAGUAGUUAGCUAAAGUGUGUAGUCAGUGAAUGUUAUAUACUGCCUUUGCUACCACAGUUCACACAAUCCUGUGGACAGUCCUACCUCACCCUGGUCAACCUACAUGAUCCUUCUUCCAUUGGUGAGUCAGCAUGGCCUUUUAGACAUGCACACAACUCUACCUUGGUCCAAGAGAUCAUACUGUAUCUGCUCUCCAACUGGUUUUUCCUGCCUAAUUGUGUUGUUCGGGGCACUGCUCAGAUGGUCUCUCUAGUUCACAGGAAGUAUUUAUUUUCCAAGGUCCUCCUUUUAUACAAAUCAUACUAAGUCAAAGAGACAAGAGAAAAGGAAUUCUAAAAGUGAAGAGAUGUUGAUUAUGUUGGGGCUAGAACCACAAAGUGGCUCAGGCUUUCAAAAGCCACAGUGUGGAUAGUGACAAAGCAUAAAUAUAAAUAUCCAGAAAAAAAUAAAAGUCUUGAACAACAAAAAUGGCACCAAUUCUUUUUUUUUUUUAACAAGUACAUAUCUUCCUUGGAUUCAUACUCUAUGUAUUUAUUCAGCAUGCAUUGAGCAACUAUUCUUUCUCCAGCGGAGUUUUCUGCCAACUACCAGCCUCUCUGUGACUAUUCCCAAAGACACCAGAACUGACGUGGUAUGGGAAGGGAACCAAACCAAUGGGCCUUUUCUUCUUAUAUAUUCACCAAGGUUAAUCUUUUUGAGCCAGCCCAUGUGAUCCACUCAUUCUAGACUAACAAUGUUAUUUAAUCAAAUAUGUUUGGUGGUUUGGGGAUUAAAAAAAACAUUGAAACAUCUCAGGAAAGUUAACAUAUGAACUGAAUCAUGACAAAUAGGAUUUAAGAAUGAGGAGAGCUUUAAUUAUUCUGUGAUCUCUGACUAGGAGAUGCCUCAGUUUCAGAGUAUCAGUGUCUGUGAUGCAAGGGUCUUGGCAGAAUGUAUUGCCCCCAGGAUGCCUGGGUGGUUCAUUCAGUUAAGCGUCUGACUUGAUUUUGGCUCAGUUCAUGAUCUCAGGGAGGUGAA